GUACGUUUCAAUCGUGGAUACGAAUUUUGAAAUCGCGCGCCAAAAAGCGCGCCAGCCAGUCGUGUUAUGGCAGACGACGAGAGCAGUUCGACGUCCGACGAGAGUCUGGACAUUAAAAGCGUCAAAUUUAAUCCGAUAAAAGCUCUAUAUUCUUCGAAAAUACAGCUUUCGGCGUUGAAAGCACCAGUCUACGAUAAUGUAUCGAAAUUCGAAUCGGUGUUGUUGGGUUUGUCCGCUAAAUCGAAAAAGAAAAACGUGACGGACACAGUUGGACGAGGAGAAUGCUCGAGACGACGAUUUUUACCCCAUCAAGAACCCGUGGCUGGCAAGAAGACUGGAAGAGGACAAGGAGAAUCGAUAGAAGGGAAGAACGUUCUGUCGAAAAUGCAAAAGACUUUCGGGCCGCUCGGAAUGCUUUACGGAUACAUGGAGAGUCGUACACGAAUUAAGGUCUACACGAGGAACGCGUACGGAAUAAGAGGACACGUGGAAGCGUAUGUGGCCGCCUUUGACAAGCACUGGAACCUCGCGCUCGAGGACUGUUUUGAAGUUUGGACUCGUAAAACGAAGAGGAAAGCACCUGCGCGAGGUGGUACGCAGGACGUGAUCGUGAAACAAGAGGACGAUGCCGCGCCCAAAGUAGUCGUGAAGAAGAUCGAGGGAAAGAAGGAGACCUUGGAGAGACACGUGCCGCAAAUGUUGCUGAGGGGAGAACAGGUCGCUAUAAUCGUCAAAAUCAAUUGAGUCAGUGAAUGCGCCUUGGCACACCGGGAACGGACACACAUGCGACGUCACUCGAUGCUUCCUCGACGCAUCGGAUCGUACGAGCCACGAUUCACCGCUACGUUCAUUGUGUAACUUAUUUUUAUUUUCUAACAGUGUUGCUUUACGCGCGCAACCUGCAGCGAUUUCGAAUAAACGUUUACGAAUGUUA